AUGGUCAACGCAGGCCGCAUCUGCUGCAUAACAGCACCGUUUCUUCUGACACUAGCCGUGCUGAUAUGCAUGGUGCUGGUCUUCCUCGCCGGUACCUUUGACCGCAACAAGACGGUCGACGAUUUCUACUUUUUGAAGAUUGACUUGACAAACCUCACGCUUGCUCCCUCGACUGUCGGAACAGGUAAUGGCGACAAUGCCACCCUCCUUGCUGGUGCCCUCCAAGCCGCAAAGCAGACCCUGGGCAUGAAAGACUUCUACACAAUCUACCUCCGCAGCUACUGUUCGUGGAACGGCAACGACCUGUACGCAAACUGCACCGACCCCAAAGCAUACUUCUGGUUCAACCCGAUCAAGAUCUGGGGCUUGAACAGCACAGGUGUCCCCGUGGAUACGUACCUGCCCAAAACAUUCACCGACGGAUUAGACGCAUACCACGCCGCCUCCAAGGCCAUUUUCUACCUCUAUGUGGGCGCGCUGAGCGCCGCGGCCAUCACGCUGGUUGUCGGCAUCUCCGCCGCCUUCUCGCGCUGGGGCUCCUUUUUCACCACCUUCUGCGCCUCGGCCAUGUCGAUCCUCCUCAUCUGCGCCUCCGCGACCGCCACGGCAGUGUACAUCCUCCUCAAGGCCGCGCUGAACGAGUCCCUCAAGAAGGAUUAUGGCAUCCAGUCCACUCUCGGCAGUCGCUUCCUAGAGCUGACCUGGAUCGGCACGGCCUUCGCCGUCGGCGCCGGCUUCUUCUGGCUCCUGAGUGUCUGCUGUUGUAGUGGACGGAGUCCCUAUAACCCUGGCAACAAGGAGGCGCGGAGGACGAGGGCGGAAAAGACACCAUACACAUAUGAACGAGUGGGCAGUCCGUACAUGGGGCCCAGUGAUCAUCAGAGCAUGCCGCUGAACACGCUGGGACCUCAGGGGUAUGCGCCGCAAAGACCCGCGCACAUGGGAAGUGCCUAUGAGCCUUUCAGACCGCAGGGUGUCUAA